CCAGGGAGCGGAAUGGCUGGUCGGCUCGCCCGCGUUCCAAGACACAGUGGCGGUUGCGUCUGCUAACAUGACCACGGAGAUCUACAACGAGAUCCGUGGUAAGGUGCUGCACCACCGCCCUGACUUCCCCAUCCGCGAGCUGGCGUUCUUCGAUGGGGAAGAUAUCGACGAGCAGGGUAAGAGCCUUGCUCCCCUGGCCGACACGACGGUGCGGUUGAGAUGGGAUCUCAACGAGGAGGAGGUUCCCGUCUGGCCUCCCUCUGUUGUAGAAGAGGGGGAGGACCCUGCGGGGCUGCCUUCCUUCGAAGGAUGGGUGGAAGGGGCUCCUGUUGCUGAGCAGGAGCCAUCCAGUACUCCACCCGACUCUCAGCCCGCCGAGGUGCCAGCUCGAUCUCCCGUUACGGCACCAGCUUCUGAGGUCGCUGCUCGCUCGCCACCAAGUCGCUCCUCUCCGCCUGCAGCUGACGCGUCCAUGCCCGUCGAUUUGACGGAUGAUUAGACUUAGGACUUUUUCUUUUAUUCCGUUGUAUUUUCUUUUGCAUUUUGUAUUUGAUCAAUGAAUUCAUAGCAUGUACCUUCAAUGUAAAUGUCUUUGAUUAAAUACAAAAUGAACUUUUCUUCGAAUUUGUGUUGUAUUUUCGAUAUACCGCUGUUUACAACUGGUCGGUAACGACUUGAACAUUAAUGACGUAUAUGCUAACUGUAAGACUUCCUAAGAUUAUGUAUGUUUCAAAUAUAAGGUAACUGACGUC